GGGAGACCCGGUGAUGUCACGUUAAGCGGGGAAACCUCACGUGCCUCCGGUGCGCCCUGCAAUAUACCGAGCCCUAACGAUCCGACACCGAGCGUCUUGUGAUAUUAACGCGUCCGGCGGGCUUCUUAAAGGCGCAGCGACACCUGCGUUUGUGCGUCGCAUCGAGGUUCCCCUCGCAUCUCAUCCAGCGCCGGAGCAGAAAAGCGGGUGAUGAACCGUGUUUGAGGUGUUGCAGGUUUUUCCUCGUCGCGUUCGGGUGGAGUCGAGCCACAUACUGUGCAGUGACACACUUCAGGACUCAAUCAUGAAGGACGGAAUGGCUAAUAACAGCACCGCCAGCAUCUCUCAGGCCCGGAAAGCCGUGGAGCAGCUGAAGAUGGAGGCCUGCAUGGACAGGAUAAAGGUGUCCAAGGCCGCGGCGGACCUGAUGGCGUACUGUGACGCUCAUAUACGAGAGGACCCGCUCAUCGUGCCUGUCCCGGCCUCAGAAAACCCGUUCCGGGAGAAGAAGUUCUUCUGCACCAUCCUCUGAGGCCGGGCCGGGCUGCAGGUUCUGCCGUGAGGUUUCCACGUCCCUGGCUGCUGUUGCUGAGCUGUGUUUGAGUGGCAGCCGCCGCAUCUGUUGACGGUCCGAUCCCUCCCGGACGCCUGUGAGGGGUUUUUGGGGGGGAGUCAAUUAACUGGCAACCCGGUCAGAGCGUCUCAUGUCUCGUUAAAUAGGUUUGUUAUUACUUGGUAAUUAAAGAACAGCCAUUCUCACUGCUUAUGAGAUGAGAGAUUUUUGUGUUUUCGUUUCGUUUUGACUCAUUUGUCGUGCCACAGAGGAUGUGAAACCCUGACGGGUGGAUGUUUUCUAAUGUAUUUAGACGUUUUUAUAAACUUCAGCUAUUUGAUAUGCAUCACUGGUCAAAUGUUUGGACACACUUGAGCGAAUCCUCAAA